CGCUGCGCGCCGGCGCCGGCCGGGUAGCCGGAUUUGGAGCGCGCGGCGCCGGCUGGGCCGGAGGGGGCUGCGCGGCGGAGCCUCCAGUGGCCUCGGACGCUCCUUCUCGCCCGCGGCCGCCGCCCGCCUCUGCCUGCGCCUCCUGCUCCUUCGUCCUGGCCGGGCCCGGCCGCCACUUCCGGCCGCUCACCUGGGACGCGCUCACCUGCCUCCGGGCGUCUGGGCACCAGGAUGAAGGACCGGCUGGAGCAGCUGAAGGCCAAGCAGCUGACACAGGAUGACGAUGCCGAUGAGGUCGAGAUUGCUGUUGACAACACAGCUUUCAUGGACGAGUUCUUUUCUGAGAUCGAGGAAACUCGAUUCAACAUUGACAAGAUCUCAGAGCACGUGGAGGAAGCUAAGAAGCUCUACAGUAUCAUUCUGUCUGCACCCAUUCCAGAGCCAAAAACCAAGGAUGACCUGGAGCAGCUCACGACUGAGAUCAAGAAAAGGGCCAACAAUGUCCGGAACAAACUGAAGAGCAUGGAGAGGCAUAUUGAAGAAGACGAGGUCCGGUCGUCAGCAGACCUUCGGAUUCGGAAAUCCCAGCACUCCGUCCUCUCCCGGAAGUUUGUGGAGGUGAUGACCAAAUACAACGAGGCUCAGGUGGACUUCCGUGAACGCAGCAAAGGGCGAAUCCAGCGGCAGCUCGAGAUCACCGGCAGAAAGACAACAGAUGAGGAGCUGGAGGAGAUGCUGGAGAGUGGGAACCCUGCCAUCUUCACCUCGGGGAUCAUCGACUCUCAGAUUUCCAAGCAAGCCCUCAGUGAGAUCGAGGGACGGCACAAGGACAUCGUGAGGCUGGAGAGCAGCAUCAAGGAGCUUCACGACAUGUUCAUGGACAUCGCCGUGCUGGUGGAGAACCAGGGUGAGAUGUUAGAUAACAUAGAGUUGAAUGUCAUGCACACGGUGGACCACGUGGAGAAGGCUCGGGAGGAGACAAAAAGAGCCGUGAAGUACCAGGGUCAGGCCCGGAAGAAAUUGAUAAUUAUCAUUGUGGUAGUGGUUGUGUUGCUGGGCAUUUUAGCGUUGGUUAUUGGACUUUCCGUUGGGCUGAAGUAAGGGCGGCCCGGAAGGCUGCUGCCCUGAAAUGUGUGUGGCUUGUGGCUGAGUCUUACUGUUGUUGCUCUUCACCGUCACCCUGGCCGCUGACCGGCUCCUCCUCCCCCUGCCUCUUGUAGAGCCCAUUUCACCCCAGCCUGGUGUGGCCACCCUUGUCUUCAGAUGGGAACGGAGUGUGAAUGGCCUUCCUGAGAGAGAGUGGGACCUGUUCCUUUGUUUUCUUGUAACCAACCUUGGACCUGACCCAGCAAACAGUCUAGCCCAGGAGGAAUCUAAACUACUGAUGCAGCCCUCAGAACCUUCUCCUGCCCCACCGACUCUGAAGCACCUUCUCCUGGACUGUAGCAACUGCCCCAGCUUCUCCUUCUCCCCUCUGAUGUGUCAAAUUAUGCCCCGCACCUUGGAGAGCCUACCUGAGACCUCCCCAAGGUGCUGUAUUUUCUACCUCAUGGAGUGUUCUUCUCCCCAGAAUCGCAGUGUAUUUUUUUUUUGCCGGGGGGGUGGGGUGGGGAUAUCUUUAACAAAGCAAGGGGAUUCUUCCAAGUUCGGCAACAGUAAGGCUUGGACCUGAGUCUUCUACCUGGCAGGACCCCAGUGCUCAUGGCUGGUUGUCCCUGUCCUGAAAGCAGGAGGGACUGGCAGAGGUCGUUCUGGUCUUGGAAGCUGACUUGUUUGAAAUUCAGCCUCUAAUUAAGCUCUCAGUGUGUUCAGCUCGAUGGCCAACUCGAUCUCUGUCUACGUUGUACUCCCUACUGUUGACUCAAGGAGGCGCUGCCAUGAGACAGUCGUCUGAGGUUACCGUCUGUAGAGGUUGGUCGUAUGGAGUAACUGUUUCCGUGUCUCAGUCUUGGGAACUGGCUGUUUACUGUUAGAGUGAUGCUUUGUGAAGCCAUUGCCUUGAGGCCCAGAAUAACCAGGCACUAAAAUUAAGCCAGGGAUGAGGUGCUUGAGUCUCAGGCUCUGGGAAUGUUUCAGACUGGGGCGAGUAUGAGUAUUCAGUCAUUUCAUGUGUUCCAAGUGUAUUUUUAUAAUCGUGUGUGUGAGAUGUAUGUACAUACAUGUAUAUGUCUCUCAGGAAGUAGGAAACUGGAAAUGAGGAUAUUAUAACCUCAAAAAAAUAACUUGAGCUAGGCUAAAAAUUAGGUAAGAGACAUUUGCUUACCUGCAAAUGAAUCAUAGUAGAAAUGUGACCCUCCCACAUCAUCGGGAAACCUGCUGUUUUCUGCACAAGCGCUCGGAGAAUCACAGAUGGUUGGGGUGAGGACCAACUUGACCCCCAUUAGGUUUUCAGCAGACGGAAUCUGAUAUCAUUCAUGGGACCUGUGGGAUGUCCCGUCCCCAGGACGGAGUCAGCUCGGGGAGGCCAGGGUCUACUCAGCAGCGCCUCCUGCUCCCACAUUCAUGAGCUUGAUCGAUUCUUUGUCGCCCCCGCUUGUCAUGGAGCAAACAAAAGCCAGGAAGUUUCUAAGUGUAGUGACCGUGCUGAGCCAGUGUGAGCCCCUUAGAUACCCUGCUGGUCUCUGCCGGCCUCCCGGAUUGAUAUUUCAGCUUUGACUUUAAUGCCUUCUAGGAUAGAGCGAGCACCCUGACCCAGGCCUGGUCCAUUGGCUUCCUUUGCAAAGGAAUGAUUCCUCCUCAUCAUUGCCCAGCACUUGGACAGAGCCCA